AUGGCGAUUCGAACCGCGGUGGCUACUCGGCAUAUUUCUAUUAAUCAAUCGAUUGUGGAAGAUCGCCAGAUGGUGCUAGAGCGCCUAGCAACUGCACUAUUUCGAGACAACGUGCUUGAAAUCGAUGACCCAGCCACUGCGACCACGUCUGGGCGCCCCAGGGGGCGAGCCAACCAUCCUCGCAAGAACCCCAAAGCAGCCACAGAGGAAACCACCAAGAACGCUACCAGCAAGAAGGCCCCUAGCAAGAAGGCUACUGCCAAAACCAGUACCAAAACCACCCAAUUAUCCCGGUCAACUCGGCAAUAUCCCUCGAGAUUUGAAACUGUGGCGAAGCGUACAGCUCGUAUAGGGCGUGAGGGACGCGGAGGGUGA